AUGAGUGAUCCAGCCACGUUGAUAACUCAAUUUGUCACUUUUUCAGGAGCGGAAGAUUCCGAAAAUGCUGCCAAAUAUGCCUCGUCUCUCGCAGACCUCAUCCUGACUAAUAAGCUAUCAUUCUUACAAUUCAUACAACUUCUCGGCAGCCGUAUAACCUCCAGCAUCGACGAGGACAGAACAAAGGGAAUGCGCUGUCUUGCCGCCGUUUUGCAUGAAAUCACUUCGUCUUCGUCAGCUCUUUCAAAGCAUGACAUCAAUGUGCUUGUGGACUUUCUACUAACAAAGUUUUCUGACAAACCAUGUUUUGCCGAUGUGAUAAAAGCCCUUACUAACAUAUUACACGCCAAGGCAUUCAGUCCAAGCUUGAACGACAACUUAGUGAAGAUUCUCCGGAAAGUGGUGGAUGAAUAUGAUUCUUCCGUCCAUUUGGCUCGAGGCAGGUACGAGGUAUUUGCUCUUUUGCAAACGGCUUUGACCCGAUUCCGCGACGCUAUCACCACUCGCCCCGCUCUCCAUGAUCUAUACGUGCAAGCAUUUCUUCACGUGUCUAACGGAGAAAAGGAUCCCCGUAAUCUUUUGAUAUCGUUUGACCUCAACAAGAAUAUCAACCAUUAUUUCAGGUUUGAAGUCGCUACAAACGAACUCCAUAAGCACUUUGUUGAGGAAUUGUUCGAUACAUGUUUCUGCUACUUUCCCAUCUCCUUCAGGCCGCCUCCAAAUGACCCGUAUAAAAUCACUCUGGAACAGUUGAAAACCUCAUUGAGAUCAACUUUAACUUCACAAUUCUUAUUUGCCAAAGAUUUGUUUAACAACUUGUUCGAAAAGUUGGCCAGUACGAACCCGGUGAUUCGUAAUGACGUUCUUUUGACUUUAUUGCUGGCAGUGGACCUGUUCCACGAAGAUACGAUACUUGAGUACUGGGAAACCAUUUGGAAUGGGUUGAAGUUUGAGAUCUUACACUCUGAGAACACCAACAUCUUCUCUGUUUCUAACGACCGGUUUAUUCCAGAGAACAUUAUGGACUUGGCCGACAGUGACGAGAACAAGUCUCUCUAUUUGGUGCUUGAGAUCUUGUCUCGAAUGGCUACCAGAUUGGAUGAUGAAGAUGGUCUUUUGCCAGGAAUCACUUCUGACUUGAAGGAAUACUUAAGUAUCACUUCAAAGGUGUUCAUGAAGGCUGUGAUUCUAUUGAGCAGCAUGGCCACUGCAAGUGAAAGAGGAUUCAACUAUAUCCAACAGUUUAUUUUCCAGUCUGAAAACUUGGGAAAGUUUAUUUCAGGAUUUGACGAUACCGACGACAAUAUGGAAACGGACAUUUCGCUCACAGUCGCCAGACAGAGAGAUUUGAUCGAUGCUUUCGGGUAUAUUUUGAUAUCUUACCAGGUAUUAAGCUCCUCUCUUCCAAAUGCGUCCUUCUUCUUUGAGAGUAAUUACCUUUCACAGGUCAAGGAUAGUUUGGUGGUUUUUUUGGGACAGCUUCUUCAAGCGUCUUCGACCAUCGAGAAGACUCUCAAAUGCAAAAUCAUUCAGCAGUAUAUUAAGCUCAUCCAACUCCGUCGGUUUUUGAGCUAUGAAGAAAAACAUGUCAUUAUGGAACUUCUUAACGACAUGUUUUUCGAGUUGAUCGAAGAAGCUAAGCCAGAUGAUUUGAUUGUAGACGAGAUCAUGAAAGGCCUCAUUAACUUGACCGAGGAUGGAAGCGAUCAGAACAACCAGUUGAUUGUGGAUGUAUUUUUGCCUCAAGUAUUACAACAAAUAGACCCUCAGAACCAGAAACUUUCCAAGUAUGUCGAGGUUUUGGACCUGGUUGUUGUGAGUUCUCAAUUGCUUGAAGUUGUAAGCAUCAGAUUGGUCAACCGUCUUUCCAAUGACAGAGACUUUAACAGUAAGAUAAUCGAGUUAUUGGGUUCAUUGGUGAUGAAGGUCCAGAAGAGAAGUCAAUUUUUAAUGAACUCCUGGUUCAAGGGAAUAGUCCCAAAAUUGUUGAAUCAAGCAGCCGAAGUUGAAGCUUCGGGAGUAAACAAUAGUGACAACUGGCAUUACUUGGAACUUAUCUCCGUGCUUUUAGGAUUUGUGAUCAAGUAUUACGACUCUCCCAAGCAUCAGGGAAUUCUCGACGAUUUCCAAAGUGCUUUUUAUAAGAAUAAGGCCAAAAGUGGAUUGAAGUUGAGUGGAUACACCAUUCUUGAAGUGGCCAGUCCCAUGGUUCUAGUGUUUAACAAUGUUUUGAGUAACAUCGAUAAAUCUACGAAUUUGUCUAUCCAACUUGAAGAUCUCGUCCGUCUCAUUGAAACAACUUCCAACUUAAGAGAUCCCAUUCUAAAGGUCAACUAUCUUCAACAUUUGUGUCUUCUUGUCAACAAGUUUUAUAAGGAUGACGAUAGCUUGCAACCGGUGGUAGAGAAACUCUAUGACUUGCAACAACCUUCGAAUUUCGAGAUCUCUGUGUGGAUCAUUAAAGCCCUCAUGUUACGGUUAAGCAAAGUAGGAAUCGAGUAUUUAACAAAGUUGCUAGAAGUUCUUGACCAUGAUGCGUCCCAGGCGACCAUUGUACUCCGGUCGUUUGAUAUCAUUCUUCGGGACUUGAAGAUAUUUUCUCCCAACAAAGAGUUACCCAAGGGUUCCAAGAUCAUCUCCAAAGUUAAUCAUUUGAAUACCAGAAGUCUUUAUAAACAGCAGGUUUUCAAUAUUGUUCUUGCUAAGGUUUUGCAACAACCUGAGAACGAAAUACACUUGCAGUUGCUUGCAGUGUUGACCAAGAACAUUGACAGCCAUGUGUUGAAGUCCAGGAUCAACGAUAUCAUACCUUUGACCAUCCAAUCAAUCCAGUUGAACACUUUGCUUGAUACCUCGCUCGAGACACUUUUGAUUAUUAUUGACUCCAAUAAUCUACAAAACUUCAUGCCACUUUUGGUCAAGAGAUUGAUGGUUUUAUCAAACACAAAAGUCGUUGAAAACAACCGUAUCGUUAACACCGAGAGAAUCAGGUACCUUUCAUUAAAGUGCUUGUUGGAGUUGCUUAGAACUAACGACAAGUCUACAAUUUUACUCUAUAAACCCGAGAUGUUGGUAGGACUAGUCACUAACUUGGACGACCCACGCAGAUCCAUUAGAAAACUCAGCUGUGACAUUCGGCAGUUGUUGUUUGAGGCACGGGAGUCCACAUAG